AUGCAGCAACAACACGAAUUGGAUUUAUUUUUCUGGCCGGAACUACGGCGUCCAGAGAGAGAUAUCCUCGUCGCGAUGGAGAAGCCGUGGGUCGCGAACAUGGGUUCCUCAAUGGCGGGUUGGAUCUCAGAGCAUCGCAACAUGAUUCGCUUUGAUUGCCUCAGCCCUUUGGAGCUCUUACCUCCCGAGAUUAAGCUCAUGAUCCUCAACUUCUGCGAUCCUCAAUCCGCUUUCAACGUUGCCUUCACGGGUCCGAUCAUGUAUCGCUUUGUGAGGCUCAAUGAGGCCCGGAUCGGCAGACACAUAGUCUGUCGAGAUAUCAGCCCUGAUCUAAGAUGUCUUGCUGCGGGGCGUUAUUGGAUAGACAAGUUCGGAUACCCGGCCGCUCGUGGUGAAGCAGGCGAACGACGUACCAGCGGAAAGAACAUAUUCACCGAAACUUUCUUGAUUCGCGGCUUAAACGACGACAGGGUCUUCGAUAUCAUAAACCCGCAUUCGUUUUAUGGCAAUUUCCAAUUCUCGCUAGGAGUCGCCCGCACGAUCAUCUCUUUCCACGACAAAAUCCGCUACUUCGCUUCAACCCUGGCAGAAAAUGCUGUUAACAAGGGCCCCUUACCAACACGCCCGUUGAGCAACGGAGACCCAACAGCUCCCCACCAUGUAACGCAAGUGUCACCCGGAGAGUUGCGUCGCUUCAUCAAAGCGUUAUACAUAUUCGAUGUGGCAAGCGUCGUCCUCCCUUACGUGGAGUUUCUUGAGCCCUCCAAUCCACAGUAUGCAAUAUGGCACAACUUCUGGGAAAAGUUCUCCCCUUGGGAACAACAGCAAGUCCGAUGUGUGCAACAAAUGUUGGAGGACUGGGUUGAUCACCGUGUCGCACAGCAGGGCGGUUAUACCAUGAGCCUUACAGAGGGAUUUAUACAAGCGCAGUUCGUGAUUGACAAGGGGGUACCGGGUCUAUGGGAGCUCAGGACGGACAACGCUGGUCGUGUCGAGACUCAGAUAAAGGACUUCCUUGAUAAUCGCAUCUUCAACACCCUUCCCCCUAGAGGCGAAAUCACGAUGCGGGGCAUGGACGAGUAUUGGUUAGACAGAGACGAGGUUGUGGACGAAGUCAGCCUAGAUGCCACGUAUCUCCUCAACUUUUACGACGACGAGGACAUCGGCCCCCGAGACUCCUGGAUACACACGCUACUCGAGAACCGAAUCUACCACCGAAUUUUCAGGUCUGGAUAUUUCCAGCAGUUUUCAUGCGAGUCUUGCAUGACUAAGUGGGGGUACAUUUUCUGGGACCGAAGCAAGUUGGAGUGGCAUUCCUCGAACACCAUGCCAUCUGGAGAAGAGAUGGUAAAGGUCGCCGUAGAUGCAGUUCUACAGCAUGAUACAUUCAGGCGCGCGGAGUGGGGACGCCAGAAGGGGGUUUGUACCAACUGCACAUGGUCCACGAGGGUCAAGGCUGAGUCAGGAAUAUAA